AUGGAUGAAGCUCUGAGUACAAUUAAAAAAAUUAAGAGUAAUAUUAGUAAAAUUUAUUUUAAUAAAUCAAAUAAGCUAAAUGCAGAUUUUAAAGAUGAUCAAAUUGAAAUAAUUUUAGAUAACAAAAAUAUAACACCUAAACCAAUAUAUUUCAAUUUUCAAGAAACAGAAACAAAGAAGUCAUUCGAUCAAAUUGAUUAUUUACUGAAACAGUUUGAUGACAAGAACGAAUAUGUUGAUCAAAAAGAUGUAGAAAUAAAAUCAAACAGUGAAGAAAAAAUAACGGAUUUAUUAAAUGAAAAUGUUAAUAUAUUAUUGGAAAAUAAUUUAUUCAAACAUAUAAACAUAAAAAACGACUUAAAAUAUGCGCAAUAUGAAAAAGAUAUAUUAGACUCUUAUGAUGAAAUUUUAUUGAAUGAAACAGAAACAAUAAAUUUAUUAAAUGUACCAAAUAUAUUAAAUGAUAUAGAAGAAGAAAAAAUUAUUAUUGGAAUAAGAAAUGAAAGAUAUGAAAAAUUGUUAAAUAAUGAUGAAAAUAAUUAUAGAAGUAAAUCUAUGCAAACAUUGAACGUAUUCAAAAAAAAUAAAGAUGUUUAUGUUUCUACUAUUAGCAAACAAAACAAAAGUACUCAAACAAAUUUAUAUGAAUUAUAUAAAUUGUCAAUUAGAAAUCCUUCAAAUAUAUCAGAAUUGUUACAUAAAAAGUUUCUAAAAUAUAGAAACAAAAAAUUAAAAAAAAUAAUGGAUGAAUAUGGUGAUUCAUUAAAUAUUAAUGAAAAAGUGAUUUUAAAAAAAAAUAUGUGGGUACAAGUAGUUGAUAAAAAUAUUACAGACAAUAAGCAAACAACUAUUAUACCCAAGUCAUUUUAUAAAUCUAAAAAAACUAACACUUCUCUUUUUAACACUUUAUUCUUGACAAAAAGUAUAUCAAGAACAUUAUCUAAUAAAAGUAGAACUUUUAGAACAAGAAACAGAUUUAAAAAUAUAAAAACAAUGAAAUUUUUAACAAGCAGUUUUAGUGAAGAUGAAUACUUAAUUAAAUCAAUAAUCAAAAAGAAGAAGGAAGAAAACGAAGCGACUGAGGAAAAUGAAAUUUUAGAAGAUAAUUCGAGUGUAAUACCUUGGCAAAUAAAUAAUAAAAAAAAAAAUAUAAAUAAAGCAUCAUUUGUAUUAAUAUUAAAAGAUAUAGAAAAAUAUAUAGUACAGAAUGUUUAUUUUUAUGAACAAAUGAUAUAUAAAAACAUAAAUUUAAGUUACUUAAAAGAAAACGUGAACAAUAAUGUAAGAAUGUUUGAUGGAGAAAACUAUGAUGCUAUUACGAAUCCUCAUAUUAACUAUAAAAAAAAAAAAAUAAUUAUAAGAAUAAAAAUAAAAAAAGGUUUUAAAAAAUAUAUUAAUUUAUAUAAAAUAAGCAAAAUAUUUAGCUUUAUUAGUAAAGAAAAAGAUAAUAAAAGCAAUACAAAUUUUACUAAUGAUUCAAAUUGCAUAGAUGACGUUGAUAUAUUCAGGAAGGAGCUAACAAAUUUAUCCAAAAGAAAAAAAAAAAAAAUAAAGAGAAAAAUAUUGAUUCGUAAGUUAAAGAACAAAAUUAGAAAAAAAAUUAAAAAUAAAAAGAAGGGAAAUGUUGAAAAAAAAGAAGACAUAAGAAUAAACGAGGAAUUAAACAAUCAUAACAUUAGUGAUGAAAAAUAUAUAGAAAAAAAAGAAGUAAAUAUAGAAAAAAAUGAUAAACAAGAAAAGGAUAAAAUAUUUGAUAUUAUUAUAAAUGAAGAAAGUAGUGAAAAUAAAAUAAAAAAAAUAAGUACUUUAAUUAUAGAUGAUGUUCUGAAAAAGAAUGAUAUUACAGAAAAAAUCAAAAUAUUAGAAAAAGAUCAUUUAGAAGUAAAAAAGUUAGCAAAUAUAUUAAAAAAGAAAGAAACAUUUUCCUCAAUUAGAGGCAAUAAAAUAAAAUUAAAGAGAAAAAUGAAACUGGAUUACUUAUAUAAGUAUAAUGAUAACAAUAGCAUUUAUAAAAAGAAUAUGGAAGAUAAUUUAUUAUAUACUUCUAAAGGAAAAAAAUAUAUAAAAAAUAUAUCAAUUAGUAAAUUGUUUCAGUUCCAUUAUGGAAAAUUAGAAAAAAUAGUAACUUCAAUAGACACAAAUAAAUUAUAUGAGGAUUAUAUAUCAGCUAGUUAUUCAAACACAUUAAAUAUUGGUUCAUUUCAAAAUAGUAAGGGAAAUAUUGCUAUAUUUAGCUUCAUUAAUCCAACUUAUCCAUUAAUGUUAUAUAAUUUAAAUUCAAGUGUCAUGAAAAUUAAAUAUUCCAAAACUAAUCAUAAUCUUUUAGUAGCUGCAUUGUGUAAUGGGCAUAUUUAUAUUUACGAUAUAAGAAGUAGUGAUCCACAACCUGUGUUAAAGUCUACAACAAUUAAAAAUUAUUAUGAUAAUUGUUUUGAACCUAUUUACGAUUUCACUUUUAAAAAUAAUUAUACUACUAAUGGUGCAUUUGAAAACGUUUUUUAUUCGGCACAUGAAAAUGGAUAUGUUUACCAGUGGAAUAUAGAGAAAGAAUUAAAAAAUAAAGAAAUUUUAUUUUUAAAGAAUAAAAAAAAUGAUAUAUAUCAAGAUUUAUCAUCUGUAUUUGAAUAUAAAAAUUUUGUAAAUAAACCUUUUAAUUCAUCAUUAACAUGUAUUGAUAUAGAUGACUACAUUCAUCAUGAUGAAGAUUUUAUCAUCAAUAACAUAGAAAAGAAUAAUUUCAGUGAUUUUAAUCAAAAAGGAAUAUAUUUUAACAAAUCUAAUGAAAAUAGCAGUAAUAUAAAAUUUUAUGGAUCAGAGGAUCAUUUGAAAAAAACAGUUAAUCAAAUAAAUAAUAAAGUAGCUAAUAAUAUUGAGGAAAAUUACACUAAACAAAUAUCCAAAGAAGAAGAAUUAUUAAAUCAUUAUAAAAAUAUAACACAAAAUAUUAUUGAUAAAAAAAUAAAGCCUACUCAUUCUUAUUAUUAUUUAGGAACAAAAAAUGGAAUAAUAUAUAGGUGCAAUAGUUGCUAUCAAAAAUCGUAUUUAAACUAUUAUGUAGCUCAUUUUGGAUCAGUUAAUAAAAUUAAAAUAAAUAAGUUCGACCAUGAUAUUUUCAUAAGUGCUGGAGAAGACUGCACAGUAAAGUUAUGGAAUAAAUUUUGCAAUAAACAAAUCACAACUUUUAAAUCAAAAAAUUCUUUUACAUCAAUUAAUGAUAUAUUAUGGUUACCUAAUAAUUCGACAUCUUUUUUUUGUUGUUCUGAUGAUGGUAGAAUAGAAUUAUGGGACUUCGAUUUUUUAUCAAAAGAUCCAUUGAUCAUAUUCUAUCCUAAUAAUGUUGAAUCAUCAAAAAUUAAAACUUUGAAGAUGUUUAAUAAAAAUGAUAUUUUAUUGUGCGGAGACAAUUUGGCAAAUGUGACUAUGAUGAAAAUAAAUAAUUUAUUUAAUUUAGAAUUAGAUGAUUAUGAGCAAAAAAUGAAAUUAACAAACUGUUUAAGAUAUUUAGACACUUACGAUUAUUUCUAG